AUCUGGUCAGACGCCUGUAACGGCAUCACGUGAUCAAGCUACACACGGCAGUGCAUGAAGUGAGUGUGCCCUGACAACCAACGGGAGAAGUUCAACCCAGCUCUUUCACCCAGCCUCUCUCACGGCCCUCCCAAGCCCGGUGUUCCGCAAGUCGGCAGCUCGGAGCGUGGACUGCACCGCCGCAUGCACUUGGGAUCCGUCACACGUUUCCUUCGUUUACUUUCUCAGAGCGUCCCUCAUCGCUUGCUCUAAUGCAUUUCAGGUUUUCCAUUGGAAAAAUUCAUCUGAAGAUGCUUCGACUGCUUUUAGCUGUUGCACUGCUGUGCCUCUGUUACAAUAAUGUAGUCAGAGACGGGCAGAAAACUUGGCUAGUAGAACCUCUCCUGAGUACCUCUUCACUUGUGUGGAAUAGAAAGGAUGCCAGGUGGUUGCAGUCGAAGAUUGAGAUAAAUUGCACGGAAAUCUACAAUUACAACUCAGCAGAGGUGGGAAAAACAUUGGAAAUUCGCAAGGGUAGCAUUGUUGAUUUGGAAGAUGAAGACGUGGAGUUGAUGACAUCAAACUGUGUCCAAUACCUUCAGCAUAGAGGAUACCACUACAAGUUGACCUCAAAGGAGGAGCAGGAGUACCCCUUGGCAUUUUCUCUGGUUGUUCAUAAAGAUGCCAUUAUGGUGGAAAGGUUGCUGAAAAUGAUUUAUAUGCCGCAAAAUAUAUAUUGCAUCCAUUAUGACCAGAAAUCCUCAAAAUCUUUCAAAACUGCCAUGCAUAAUUUAGCCAGGUGUUUACCAAAUGUAUUCAUUGCAACCAAGAUAGAGUUGGUGUACUACACUCAUAUCUCCAGGCUCCAAGCAGAUCUCAAUUGCUUAUCGGAUCUUCUCAACUCCUCUGUCCAGUGGAGGUAUGUUAUCAAUUUGUGUGGCCAAGAUCUGCCAUUGCGAUCCAACAUCGAACUGGUAUCUGAACUGAAGAAGCUGAAUGGAGCGAACAUGUUGGAGUCUGUGAAACCCAGUGCCAUUAAGAAAGAGCGAUUUACAUUUCACCAUGAGUUUCAAGAUACCUUAGAUGAGUUUGGAGGCAUACUAAUGAAAACGGACAUAAAGAAGGAUCCUAGCCCCCAUGGCAUUGAAAUGUUCACUGGCAGUGCCUACUUUGUCUUAAGUUAUGAGUUUGUCAAAUACAUUAAUAACAGCAUAGUAGCCAAAGAUUUCCUUGCAUGGUCUGCAGAUACAUACUCACCGGAUGAGCACUUCUGGGCGAGUAUGGUGCGAGUGCCUGGAGUACCAGGUGAGCUCCCCAGGUCUGGAGCUGAAGUGACUGAUAUGCAAAGUAAGACGCGGCUGGUGAAGUGGAGCUACCUCGAGGAGAUGUUAUACCCACCUUGCACAGGAACUCAUCGCCGCAGCGUCUGCAUCUAUGGUUCUGCUGAGCUCAGGUGGCUCCUUCAGAGUGGCCAUUGGUUCGCUAAUAAAUUUGAUUCUAAAGUAGACCCUGUUUUAAUAAAAUGUUUGGAACUAAAGAUUGUGGAACGCCAGAGGGAUUGGCUAGGAUUGACUUCUUGAAAGUUCUCUGUUUAUAAUAUUGAUGGAGACUUUUGGAGUUAAAGAAAUAUCACACGUGGCGUUGGAAGUUUUGAUCAAGCUUCAAAGCUAAACAGAAAAUCAAACAAUGUUCUCUCCUGUUUUGUGUUUAAAGUUUUAACCACUAACAAUGUAGAGAGCAGAGAACAGGCCUUAAGAUAAGAAAACAAAUGCCUAUAAAACUUGAGCUAUAGUAUAGAGUCAAAUGACACUAUUUGUCAAAGAGGAUAUAAGGGAUUUUAUUUCUUAGACUGUAUGGGGACUGAGAUCUGAUCCUAUGGAGGUGUAAAAGAUCAUAAUGGUCCUAGAGCCUUUUUUCCAGAGUUGGGGAAUCAAGAACUAGAGGGCAUAGGUUUAGAGAGAAAGGGGAAAGAUUUAAUAGGAACUCGAGGAGCAACUUUUUUCAUGGAGGAUGGUAUCUAUGUGGAAUAAGCUGCUGGAGGAAGUGGCCGAGACAAGUACGAUAACAACAUUUAAAAGAAAGUUGAACAGGUACAUGGAUUGGAAAGAUGUUAAAGGUUUUGGGCUAAGUGGGACUAGCUUGGCUGGGCUUCUUGGCUGGAGUGGACUGACUGGUCCAAGGGGCCAGAUUCAGUGCUCUAUAACUCUGUGACUCUGAGAGGAAAUUUACAGAGGACAGUUAACUUACUGAUACUUCUUAUUUCAAUGUUAAAUGUCUCUUUUGCUUCCUAGAAACAGAAGCGAGGUUAAAGAUUAGCUUUAUUUGUCACAUGUACAGUAUAUUGAAACAUUGAAGGUUUCACCAAACAUCUUGUUCAGUAAUAAUAAAUGAUCUCACUGGGGGUUGUCCCAAGGGAUUUUGAGAACUCGAACAGAGCCACAUGAGCAAGGCAUUUUUGAGAAUGAGCACAAUAUUAUUUUAUGCCCUGCUUCUAAAGGUACUAUUUUCAGUUUGAGAAUAAUCCAUAUUAAUACUAGAUGUAAAAAAUAUAAAAUUAGUAAUUGCAAAAUUCACCCCAUAAAUUUCAUGUGUAUCGGUGCUUCAUAUAUUUACAUAUUGGUACGUGUUCACUGGUUGGGCCAGUGUUUAUUGCCCAUACCUAAUUGCUCUUGAUGGUGGUACCAGAACUGCUAUUGAGGAUUUCGAACCAGCAGUGAUGAAAGCUGCUGAUAUCCUUCCAGUUUAGGAUGGUGUGCAGCUCUGAGGGGAACCUGCAGACAAUAAUACUCCUGUGGUCAUGAAAGUUUUGUCAUCCUUGGUGGCAGAGAUGAUACCAAAGUAGCUUAGAUCAGUAACCUUCAUUUAUUCAGUUGUUGUAAUCUGGGUUUCAUUGGAAUAUCUCCAACACAUUGUGAAUUCUGCAGUUGAUACAUCCACACUGUGCAUCGGUCGUGGAAGGAAUGAAUAUUCGGGAUGCUGAAUAAGUUGCCAAUGUGCUUUCUACUUUGUCCUGGAUGGCAUCAAACUUCAGUAUUGCUGGAAAAGUGCUCAUCUGGGGAAGUGUAGAGAAUUCUGACAGUAUCCAUACAACUGGAAAAGAUUUAUGGUGUCUGGAGUUGGGUCAUUUUCCUCUAGAUAUCCAGCUUCACAUGGGACUUCUGUAACAUAUCCCAUUAAGUUUCUAGUUAGUGGUGACCUAUAUGAUGUUGAAAGUCUGGAACUAUUCCCACAACCUAUGGACUCACUUUCAAGGACUCUUCACUCAUGUUCUUGAUAUUUAUUGCUUAUUUAUUCAUUGUUAUUAUUUUUGUUUCUUCUGUAUUUGCACUAUUUGUUGUCUAUUGCACAUUGGUUGUUUUUCCAUUAUGUUGGGUGUGGUCUUUCAUUGAUUCUGUUAUGGUUUUUGGAUUUACUGGGUAUGCUUGCAAAGAAAUAAAUCUCAGCUUUGUAUAUGGUGAUAUAUUGUGUAUAUGAACUUUGAAUUUCUGAACUUUGGUAGUGCCAUUGAAUGUUAUGUGUAGGUAGUGUGACUUACUUUAGGAGGUGAUGGUUAUUGCCAGGCAUGAGUAUACACGAGUAUAUCAGACCACUUAUAAGACUAUGAAAAUGAUGUCUAACUCUUGCUGCAAUGGAGGUGUGGACAUUUUUAUCUGCCGAAGGUUUGCAAAUGGAAUUGAA